GUUCCCGUCAAAAUCGAUGAAAAAAUCGAAAAUUUUUUUUUUGCUUAAUUUUUAUCCUUAUGUUAUCGAGAAUACGUGGGAGAAACGAUAUUUCGACAUAUGAUGUAGUUCUCGAGAUAUACGGGAUUGGGCGGAGCAGUGUGAAAGCGCUCCGAACUCGCCGAACGCGUUCUCGGCGUAGUUGAGAGGGGAAACCUUUAUCUAUACCUGAUGGGUGAGUCUACGGUAGGUAGUGACGAUUUAUUACAAAGAUGCACCGGCGGAAACACACAAAACGACAAUGAAAGUUUUAACGCCUGCAUUUGGAAACUUGCUCCUAAACACCUUCACUGCGGUGUACAAACAAUUGAAAUAGCAGCAUAUGUAGCUGCUGGUGUCUUCAAUGAAGGUUUUUCAUCUAUUUUGAGAACGAUGAAUACACUAGGAAUCGUCGUUGGGAACUACAGCAGAAGCUUCGCCGAGAAAACGGACAACAAACGCAUCACCGCACGGGAGCAAGAAUUGUCGGAGCUCGCAAAGCAAGCGAGAAUUGAAAGAAUCAGCUUGCAAAUUCAAAAGAACAUGAUCUUCGAAGAAGAAGAAGGGACCCUGUAUGGUGUUGGAAUAGCCGAUUAGACAUCACAUGCGGAAGCUGUAGAAGGUACCGCGCGGGUCACUUCGCGCCGGGAGCGGCUUCUUUGGCGGGAGCUGGAGCCGCCAUUUUGAAAUAUUUUUUUAUGAAAAAAUUCAGUAAAUUACUUCUUUUAUAUACAAAUAAAACCUACAAAAAAGUUAUUGCAGAAUACUUUAUUUUGUAUUGAAAAAAAAUUCCUGAAAUUUAGGCAUUUUUUGGGCUUUAGAACGGGAAC